AUGGAUCCCACUAUGCCGACUAUCGAGGGGAUCGAGGCCGACCUUGAAAUGAACGACGCACCCGCCUAUGUUGAGCCUCCUGCUCGUAUAGCUGCGCGCUUCUAUCGGAGAUCUUCCUCGCGCCGGCGAUCCUCUGCCAAUUCCUCCCGCCGAAGCUCCUUGUCCUCGAUCCAUUCGCAUUCCUCGGUGCUCUCGAGCCAUGGGGGCCCCCACAGCACACAUAUCGCCCAGCACCUUCGACGAGCCUCAAUCAUUGAAUCCAGAAAGGCUCGUCUUGCAGACAGGGCCGCACACGCGGAGCAGGUCAGAUUACGUGCGGCCGCUGCGAAGGCGGCGCAAAGGGUCUCAUACAGCGAAGAGAAGACUCUGGCUGCACAGGCGGCGCGUGAGAAGUUGCUCGCCGAUAUUGCAGCGCGGUGUGAAGAGGAGGUAAGGCGGGCGAAAAAGAUCGCCGAAGAGACCAGGGAGAAAAGGGCCGCCGAAAUGGCAAGACUUAAGGAAGAAAUGGCCGAGAAGUACGCUGAGGCAGACAGAAGGAGGACCGUGUACCAGCAGGGAGUGCGGAGGCCACGCACCACUUCUCUUGCGGCAGUCGAGGAGAAGAAAGUCGCUCCGGCAGCUCUAAAGCGUUCAGACCGUGUCUACGCCGCAAAAGUCAUUCAACGGUCAUGGAGACGCCACCGCAAACGCGAGAUCCUUGCAAACUUCUCUGCUCUGGAGCUGAACUUGACGCGAGCUAGGACAAUCACUUUUGAAGAGUUGACACGAUUUAUCUCAGAGCAACGGACCACUGCCGCCACCACGUCAGUACUAAAGUACCUCGGGGUCAUAGAUGCAGACCAAGGUACAACAGGAACUGUGCGGGUUUUCCUCAGCGGGUAUUUGAUUGCCGCACACCCGGUGCAAGCCUUCAGUCACGGUGGAAGUCAACCACAGGAGCAGACUGUGCUGACCAAAGCUGAAUCGCUCGUUCACAUUUUCGAGGCUUGUAUCAAGAUAUUGAUUUCGGGGUCGCCCACGGCUUCCCUUCAGUCAGGCAAGGACGCUCUCUCUUUCGCUCUGAACGACUUUAUUUCAACCUUCCAUGCUUGGAAGAGCCAGGACCUGGGAGUCCUUGUUGAUAUUAUGGUCAGUUCAUUUGUCAAUCUGGAUCUUAUUCUGCAAGCCACCAAAAACGAUCAUGAUGGUCACGUGGCCGAAGACUAUCUCGAUGCUGUGCGACAGGAGCAAGUCAAAUUGCUUGCUCGUCUGAAGAGGCUCGCGGGCCCAGAAGAAGCGCUUUCAAGGGUCCGUGUUGCCGUGAGAAAGGCUCGCAAGCAAAGGGCGUCUGAAAUGCGACAGCAAGGGGUUAAGCAAGUCCCUCGAGGAUCGACGCCUGUCAGUAGAGAUGGCGCAACUCCUUCAGGGGCCCUCAUGACGCCCCCUUCAACUCCACAGCCUGCUCAACAAGGUGUAGACGCGAAAAGUCCGGUCUUUGCCGACAGCCUCUCCAGAAUAAUGACUGUGCUGCCGUCGAAUCGCGAGAUUGCGCAUGAGAUGUUGAUCAAUGGCAGUUUUGAGGUGCAGCAGCGACCCUGGACGAAUGCGCACAAAGGCUUCGUGGAUUUACUUCGAACCAGCAUGCGUAACAGCAUGCAAAGCGGGAGCAAUGCAGCCACUACGAGGUGGACCCAUGCUAUGGCAGUUCUCAUUCGUGAGAAAUUGAUGAAUCUGAUCAGCCCACGGCAUCCCCUCUACGAGCGAGUGGACGGUCUUCUGGAUCCACAGUUAAUCGCCCAACAGUCUCGCAAUGGCAUGUUUUCAUAUGAGUCGUUCUUCGCGACAAUUGCAGGUCUCAUUUCGCAGAUUUGUUCCCCUGGCCGGGACGAGCUUGUCAGAUCAUUUGCAACAAAUACCUCCGACGAUAUCAUCGAUCGUCUUUUUCAGCUAAUCAAUAUUGUUGACCUAAUGACGCUGGACCACAUCAACUUUCAAUUCCGGUUGGCGUCGCAGGCGGUGCUUGAGCACGGGCACGAGCACGAAAUGGCGUCUUUCGAGCGAGAUCUUGACCAAGGUUUGCAUACGCUCGAACGAACGAAGCGUUGGUGGGCGGAUGCCAAAUUAGUGAUAACCGGACAAAAUCCAAGUGGCAAUGCCAUCUACGCAAGGGGGCUGUCAGAACUCGUUCUACGCAACUCACAUUUGAGCUCUAGCGAUCUGCCGGAAACACUGCAUUUGGACUCCGUUCGCCUACUGAAACUGAGAGCUCGCGCGUUCCAGAUGAUAGCCGUCUCAUCGAUCCUUCUCACCACCAAAAUUCGACUGAGGCGCAACAGGGAAUCACUCUGGACGAAAGAUGCAGAUCGGCUGAUGUCGUUGGAUCUUGUGACGGUUGAUCCCAGUCGAGUAGUCUCGCUGGUCGAGACGUCACACAUGAUGCCUGAAGCUACCAAAGAGGGUUUGUCCAACUUUGUUGGGCGAGUUCUCCCUGCAGCCGUUGCUGCAGCCAAAAAUGCGAGCGCGGCGGAGCAGACUGGGGAGGAUGCGGUUCACGGUCACAGCACAGAUGUCCCUGCCGAAAUUUCCACAGGAGACGUCUUCAGCGAGCAGAUUGCUUGUUUUCUCCUCAAAUCUCUCCGAGAGCAUGUGUUUGCCAGGCUCGCCGCUAGUGGCACAGCUGAGCGGGUAAGAACCACAACGAGUGCGGCGGAAGUGCUAGCCAGGGCGGGCAUGCCAGAGUUCUUGGCAGAGGUCAAUCGCCUGGUCGACUCGCUCGACAAGAUACGGUCGGUCGAUCUGAAAAGCCAUGAGAAAUGGUAUGAUCUACUGUCGGCCGAGGCUGCUUAA